UGAGGCGCGGCCAGCUUUCGGGGUGCCGACCGGCCCUCCGCCCCAACCGCCGCCGGCGAGCGGGCCCUGCUCCGCGCCCCCGCGAUCCUCCCCGGUCCUCGCCUAUAAAAUCUCCCUCCCGCGGCCGCUUCCACCGGGGGCGGGGAGCUUUCCACUUCACGGCCGUCGCUACCUGCAGCAGCCGGCCCGGUUCGUCGCGGGCGACGCGAGACCGAUCAAAAGGCCGGCUCGAUCACAGUGAUCACAAGCAUCAAACUUUUUCGGGCCAAGGCGGAUAGAUACGGAGCGGGUGCUAAAGCGAAGCGAGAGCGCCCUCCGCUGGUGGCGACCCGCCUGUCGUGGUGGCUGCAGCAGCAUCACCUGUACCGCCGGCGCGUGAUUGCACCACGAGCCGUGUUGGUGGAGCCGGAAGGUGAAGAGGGAGGAGGACGGGGGUGGGCGGGCUGGUGGUACGGUGGUCCGGAGGAGAACCAGCGGCGGCGGCGGCGUCCAUGGGCGUGCACGGGCGGUCGAUGGGCUGGUACCUGGGCCCGCCGGGGUCGCCGGCGCCCGGGAGCGCCGUCGCGGAGGCGCAGCACGCGCUGAGCAGCAGCCCGGGGGGCGGCGACGCCAGCUUCGACACCAACAUGGUCAUCAUCCUCGCCGCGCUGCUCUUCGCCCUGCUCUUCGCGCUCGGGCUCAACCAGCUGGCGCGGUGCCUCAUCCGCUGGGCGCGCCGCGCGUCGGAGGGGGAGGCCGGCGCCAGGGGGGGAGGGCUCAAGAGGCGCGCCCUCCGGAGCAUCCCCGUGGAGGUCUACGGCGCGUGCGGCGCCGACGGGGCCGCGGCCGUCGCCGCCGACGUCUGCGCCAUCUGCCUCGGCGAGUUCGCGGACGGCGAGAAGGUGCGCGUCCUGCCGCGCUGCGCCCACGGCUUCCAUGUCCGGUGCGUCGACACCUGGCUCCUCUCGCACGACUCCUGCCCCACGUGCCGCGGCACCGUGCUCGAGGCCGCCGCGCCCGGCAAGGACAAGGCCGCUGCCUCCGCCCCCGCCGGGGGGAGCCGGCGGCAGGGCAGCGAGGCUGCUGCAAUCGCGGUGGUCAUCGGGUGACGUGGACGGGAGUGCCCCACGAGCCUAUUGUUGGCGGGGCGCCGGGGCCACAGGUAUGCGAGCUUUGUUCCGUGGCCGUGAGAUAUUUUGCGAUCAGAAAGACAGAAACUGACAGGUGGGCCCUGUUCAGUUGUUUAUAGUACUCCUAGUUUCCUAGGUCGCACUCGAGUCAACAUUGCAUGUCGUUCCAUUACCCGAUCGGCUUGUCCUCUGCUCUUCUCGCCUCCUGUGCAGUUGUGCUUGGCUUCUGGCGAUUGCCCCUGUUUGUACAUAGAGAGUGAAAUUUUCUUGUAUGCCAUGCAAAAUGACAGCUAUCUCACGUGCUAGCUCCCGUUAAUUGCUUUUGCCAAA